CGGAAUCACUCGGAAACGGCGACGCUUGGGCCUGGGCCUGGGCCGGGCCUUAAUGCUCCCUCCCGUUCUACGGCAAACCCCCCAAUACGCCGCCCGCAAUGCGCCUCCCGUUCAGACCCACCGUGGCCGUAGCCAAUGCCGACGCCGUCCUCCCCCGCGCCGGCCCCGUCGCCGGCUUCGGCGCCACCACGCCGCCGGACGCCCGCAUGGUCAAGACGGGCUUCGACCCGGCCGCCUAUCGCCUCAACCUCCACCUCCAGUCCCUCAUCUCCUCCGGCCGCCUCGCGCAGGCCCGCGCCCUGUUCGACCAAAUGCCCCACACCAAGAACGCCUUCUCCCUCAACCGCAUGCUCUCCGGCUACUCCAGGUCGGGCCAGCUCGCCGCCGCGCACCAGCUCUUCCUCUCCUCCCCGCCCCGCCUCCGCGAGGCCGUCACCUGGACCAUCAUGAUGGCCGCCUUUGCCGCCGCCCCCGGCCGCGCCGCCGACGCCCUGGCCCUCUUCCGCGACAUGCUCAGGGAGGGCGUCGCCCCGGACCGCGUCACCGUGUCCACCGUGCUCAACGUGCCCGCCUCUGGCGCCGUGACCGCGUCGCUCCAUCCUUUCGCCGUCAAGCUCGGCCUCCUCCACUCCAGCGUCGUCGUCUGCAACACGCUGCUCGACGCCUACUGCAAGCACGGCCUCCUCGCUGCUGGCAUGAGAGUGUUCCAGGAGAUGCCGCACAGGGACUCCGUCACCUACAAUGCCAUGAUGAUGGGGUGCUCCAAGGAGGGGCUGCACAGGGAAGCGCUGGUCCUAUUUACUGAUAUGCGCCGCACGGGUCUUGACGCCAGCCAGUUCACCUUCUCCAGCAUGCUCACCGUAGCCACAGGCAUGGGUGAUCUCCACCUUGGGCGCCAGGUCCACGGCCUCGUGGCCAGAGCCACCUCCGCGCACAACGUGUUUGUCAAGAACUCGUUGCUGGAUUUCUACUCCAAAUGUGACUGCCUUGCUGAGAUGGAGAAGCUGUUCGACGAGAUGCCAGAGCGCGACAAUGUCUCAUAUAAUGUCAUGAUCUCAGGCUAUGCUUGGAACCGGUGUGCUAGCAGAGCGCUGCGGCUGUUCAGAGAGAUGCAGAUACUCUGUUUCGACAGGCAGGCCUUACCUUAUGCUAGUUUGCUGAGUGUUGCUGGCUCACUGCCUCACAUUGGGAUUGGGAAGCAAAUACAUGCUCAGCUGGUCCUUCUUGGCCUUUCUUCGGAGGAUCUUGUGGGCAACGCCUUGAUUGACAUGUAUUCAAAAUGUGGGAUGUUGGAUGCUGCAAAGACCAAUUUUCUCAACAAGAAUGACAAGACAGGCAUUUCAUGGACAUCAAUGAUAACUGGGUAUGUCCAGAAUGGGCAGCUGGAGGAAGCGCUGCGGUUAUUCUGUGACAUGAGAAGAGCUGGUCUGAGCCCGGACAGGGCGACAUUUUCAAGCAUCAUUAAGGCUUCCUCAAGCCUGGCAAUGAUCGGGUUAGGGAGGCAGUUACAUUCUUACACCAUCAGAUCAGGCCACAUCUCCAGUGUGUUCUCAGGAAGUGCCCUUCUUGACAUGUACGCAAAGUGUGGCUGUUUGGAUGAGGCACUCCAAACAUUUGAUGAGAUGCCUGAGAGGAAUUCCAUCUCGUGGAAUGCUGUUAUUUCAGCCUACGCGCACUACGGGCAGGCAAAGAACGCCAUCAAGAUGUUUGAAGGUAUGCUCCAUUAUGGGUUCAAACCAGAUUCAGUCACCUUCUUGAGUGUACUGUCAGCCUGCAGUCACAACGGCCUUGCAGAAGAAUGUAUGAAAUACUUUGAAUUGAUGGAACAUGAAUAUGGCAUAUCCCCCUGGAAGGGACACUAUGCUUGUGUUAUCGAUACAUUAGGUCGGGUGGGAUGUUUUGAUAAAGUUCAGCAAAUGUUGAGCGAGAUGCCAUUUGAAGAUGACCCAAUCAUUUGGAGCUCCAUUCUUCACUCGUGCAGGAUCCAUGGAAACCAGGAUUUAGCUAGAGUGGCAGCUGAAAAGUUGUUCAGUAUGGGAUCCACAGAUGCGACGCCUUACGUUAUACUGUCCAACAUAUAUGCAAAGGCUGGUAAAUGGGAAGACGCUGCCCGUGUUAAAAAGAGCAUGAGAAAUAGAGGACUUAGGAAAGAGUCAGGUUACAGUUGGGUUGAAGUCAAACAAAAAAUCUACAGCUUUUCUUCAAAUGACCAAACCAACCCGAUGAUAUCCGAGAUGAAAGAAGAGCUUGAGAGGCUGUACAAAGAGAUGGAUAAACAGGGAUAUAAGCCCGACACUAGCUGUGCCUUGCAUCAAGUGGAUGAUGACUUAAAGUUGGAGUCAUUGAAAUACCACAGCGAGAGAUUGGCCAUUGCAUUUGCUCUGAUUAACACCCCACCAGGGACGCCAAUUAGAGUUAUGAAAAAUCUAUCCGCUUGCCUAGACUGCCAUGCUGCAAUCAAGAUGAUGUCAAAGAUUGUGAACAGAGACAUAAUUGUAAGAGAUUCAAGCAGGUUUCACCAUUUCAAGGAUGGAGUUUGUUCUUGUGGAGACUAUUGGUAGGGAUUAGGCUUUCUUGUGCAAAUCAAGGAUGCACACUGAACAUGCUGACAAACAACCAAGGAUUGUAAGAGCACAUCUAUCAGAUAUUUCGGUGGCCUCAAGCCCUCAACCUCUGGGUCGUCCGGGUCCGCUGUGCGUGCUCCCGUCCGCGUUGCCGAGGGACGCCUCCUCCUGCCGUGCUCCUGUCCAGUAUUUUGUUAUGGAAAAUUUUCUUACCAUCGCCUCACCUAUUUGGACAAUUAGUUACAAUCCCUAAACUGUGCUGAAAUGCAAUGCUAAGCAAAUGGAAGAUAACAGUUUGUACCGGCAAAAGGUCAGUUACAGUACUUUGCCCCACUAAAAGAGAGGGAUAUUAUCACCGUCCGUGGUGCAUCUUGUUUGCAUUUUCCUGUGAUAGAAACAGGUGCAUUUUGUUACAUUUUUCCAUGCUGGAUUUUAGAUAUGAUGUUGAUGCCUACAAUUCUUUUUACUGAAUUUAUAUGGCACAUGAGAACUGAUACAUUACUGCCCUCAGUCCUUUUGCUUUUAUGUAUAUUUAGGAACAUGAUACUACACUUGAUCUUUUCGCAAAAUAAAAACUGUUUGCAACAGAGAUGAUACCUGUGAUUUUAGUCAGCUAAUGCUGAUGCUAUAUGGGAUUUUGUUUGUAUUGAAGGAACUGUGUACAUAAUGAACCAUAUAUUACUUAUCCAGUGAUGUAUGCAGUAUGCUCAGUACUAAUCCAGUGUGUUGUUUUCUUGUGAUGGAAACUGCUGCAUUUGUUGUCCAUUUUGCCAUCGUGAGCUUCAGAUAACUACUUUGUGUGCAAAUAUGCCAAUGGAUAACAUCCUCUGGAUUAACAAGUUCCUGUGUGCUGCUGCUCUUACUAUCUACCUGGUAGGCUGGUCUGACAGUGCUAUUGAUGGCUUUUUCCUCUGGAGUACCAAGAAAAAUAGCAGAUCACCCCUGCAGUAGAAGCCAUGCAAGCGCCAUGUAAAAUGGUUUUCAAUCGGAACCGAAGCCAUCUAUUGAAGUAACAUCUGUAGGGACUGAACCUGUAUGCCACUCCCACUAAUAUAGAGUGAAGGGAAUAAAAAAAUUGUUUGUUGUUGGCUUAUAAUGGUAACUGGCCAAGCUACUUCGCUCACUUUCGUUGCAUUUUAUGGGUCCUUCUGUGUGUCACUGUUGUCAUUCUGGGCCUUACUGCUUGGAGGAGGGUCAGGGACAUUUUCUGCACGGGAAGAGCGGCGUCUGUGGUGGUAUUGGCCAGAAGUAGGUUCCUGAUGUUCUGACGAAACUAGCAGACAAUAUUGUUGUGAACCCAAUCUCCAAGAAGCUUGUGUGGCUAAAAUUGUAACGAAGCUGUACAUGAAUCAUAUUUGCUGCCCAUUCAUUGCUUUUGGUCGCUUGUGGUCAGUGGUACUUGGGUACUGCAUCAGCAAAAUUCUAGUCACAUUCUUACUGCGAAAUUGGGAGGAAGUUGGCAUUUGACCAUGCAGGACAGAGUUGACGACAUCGAUUAUGCGCUACUCAUCACUGAAACUUGAUAUUCGCUUCAUUGUCAACCCAAUCGAUAAAUCUCCAAGAAGCUUGUGCGGCUGAAAUUGCUGCACAUGGAUGGUAUACAUUUGCUGCCCAC